CUAGUGCUUCUCGGUAUAACGACUGCCUGGGUACACGCAGCAAAGCGUCUAGUUUUUUGGGGGUUAACUGCAUUUUUUAUCAGUGAUAGAGACAACUUCCUGUGGACAGAGCUCAGCAAAUUUUAGAGCUCGGAUAGUUAACGGUCAAGUUUCCCAAAGAGGAUGGUGGCCUUGGCAGAUUGCAAUAUACAAAGUCCCUAACUUUCGUUGCGGUGGUGCCCUUAUAUCUCGUCACUGGGUACUGACAGCAGCUCACUGUUUCUAUCAUGGUGGAUCUUUUAUGAGUAACACAGAUCUUUACCAAAUUAAAGCUGGUGAUCACAACCUGUCUGUUAAUGAAACUUCCCAACAGGAUAUUUCUCCGGAACAGAUUUUUGUGCACCCAAGAUUUAAACAGAAGGGUUCGCCGCAUUUUGAUGGUGAUUUAGCUCUUGUCAAACUUAGCCAGGAUGUGGAACUUGGUGACUUUGUUCGAACAGUAUGUCUCCCAGAAAGGAGUGAAGGAGAUCUGGCAAUUCCUAACGAAAGAGGUACAGUGGCAGGAUGGGGAGUGACAAGACCGUUAAAACGUGAUGAGCGAGGGAGCCUUAAUGACGUGUCGAAGGUUCUUCGUCAUGCCACCUUCACAAUUAGAAGCGACCAGCUUUGCAUAAAUAAAUCGAUAAUUCAAUUCAACUCAACGACAGCAUUUUGCGCUGGGGACGGAAGAAACGAUAGCGACUCCUGUCACGGAGAUAGUGGGGGAGCUUUUGUUCGAGAACUCAGGAAUUCUAAAUGGGUCGUGAUUGGAGUUGUCAGCUGGGGAAAUGGCUGCGCACAAAAAGAUCAGUAUGGAUACUAUACCAGAGUGCAUCCGUUCCUUGACUGGAUUAAGGAAACUAUGGAAACAGAAGACAGUAGUUCUACAUGUGGUCCACCCGCCGUUCCUCGUGGCUCAACCAUAAUUCAUCCACCGAAGCAAGAAAAGUACGAAAAAGGCAGCGUGGUGCUGUUUGCUUGUAAACAGGGUUUUUAUCUGGUUGGAAAACCUAUAAUAAAAUGCCUUGGAAGCAGCUGGACACAACGGCAAUUCAGAUGUGUGGGGUUUUGCCCAGCUCUACGUCAAAUUUCGAAUGGUCGAGUUAUUGACACUAGCAGUAGUAUUGACCAGGCUUCCGUGGAAUUUCGCUGUAAUGAAAAUUUUCGAUUGGUCGGUAGAUCAAGGCUGGAAUGCAUUGAUGGAAGGUGGAACGGGAAGCUGCCGUUUUGUGAGACAACACUAUGCUCGAAACCUACCAUUCCGAGAAACUCGUACAUCAUUUAUCCUCCAACAACUCAAGUCAACUACACUCAUGGGACUCACGUUUUUCUGGCCUGUCGCGAUGGAUAUUACCUAAAGGGGUCGCCAAUGAUGGUUUGUAACCAGACUAUGUGGCUUAAGAGGGAAUUCAGUUGCAUUGCUUCCUGCCCCGUCAUUGCCUCAAUAAAGAAUGGUAUUAUCACACACGCUACCCUGAGGGAAGGUGGUGAGGUUGAAAUAAAGUGCCGAGCUGACUACACCUUGGUCGGACCAUCAAAACUUAGAUGCAUAGAGGGGAAAUGGAAUGACAGUCUACCAUUGUGUAAAGAGCCUUGCCCAGACCCUGGCCUUCCCUAUCAAGGAAACAGGGUUGGUGAUGACUUUCGUCAUGACAAAACAGUUACGUUCACGUGUCCUAGAGAUUACCUUAUGGAGGGUGUGCGAAAAAUAACGUGCUCAGACGGUCGCUGGAGCAAUGAAACACCAAGUUGUAAAGCAUCCUGCCCUGAUCCCGGUCAUCCAAAAAAUGGACAAACCAUCGGAAGAGUUUUUAGACAUACCUCAGUUGUCGAGUUUGAAUGUUUGGGAGAUCGUUUGUUACAAGGUUCCUCUCAGGCAAAAUGCAACAAUGGACAGUGGAACCAAGCAUUGCCAACAUGCCGAGAUUGUGGCACAGGGCUUCCUCUUGGAAUGGAAAGUAGACAGAUCCCAGAUGCAUUCAUCAAAGCUUCCAGUCAUAGAGGUAAACAUACAGCUCACCAUGGCCGACUUGGUGGAGGCAACUAUUGGUGCUCAGAGGAGGGAUAUGCUGAUUUUAUUCAGAUUUACUUACCAAAAAAGUACAAGAUUACUGGAGCAAGAAUUCAUCUCAAAAGCGAAUACAAGAUCAAAGCUAUAAUCUUGAAAGGCCAAAUUUUCAAACAGUGGUGGAAUUUCCAUUAUGAAGAGCCACCUUAUAAUGAAGACGAGGAACAAAUAAAACCAAUACAUCCUUUUAUUACUCAGUCUGUACGAAUCAGAGUGUUAAAAAAUAUAAAGGAAUCGAUUUGUCUAAGAGCCGAAGUCUAUGGCUGUGGAAUUCCCAAAGUUUGUAUCAUGCGAGGCUCUGCUGUUCUUAUCAAGGAAAACGGUAGAUAUCAGCCUAGAUUUGUAGGAGAAUACAUCGAUGUGGAGAAUAACCGUCUGGAAGUCUUUCUUCCCGGGAAAAAAAGGAGCAUGAUAAUGAAUAGGGAACACAUGAUUCUAGAUGAGAAACCAAGCGUCUAUGACUUAGCUAUUGGAACCUUAGUCCUUGGAGAGGAUGCAACUUCACCAGGCCAAAUUAGAGAGGGCAAAAUAGAACGAAUAGCAAACUCAGUUUGUACCAUAAAAAGUAACGAUGAAAUUUGGAAGAGUGAUUUUAACAAGAUUCGUAUCGUCAAAAUAUCAGAUUUUUGCUCAUGAUAAAUAAUUUGUAUUAAUGCCACUGUGCCCAGGCUAACGGCAGGACUACUCGAUGGCAAAAUGUACAGAUUUAUGAAGUCUAUUGUCACUGUGUAUAGACAUGUUAGCGAAAACACGAUAGCGACAACAUUAAAGAUAAAGGUAUUACAACCAAUAAUUAUAUCUAAAAUGUAGAAAAACUUGGCACAUUUGUAUCUUAUCAAAGACUGAUAAACAGCCACUGAACAAUGUUGAUUUCUGCUCUUGAUAAAUAUGUUGUAACAGAAUCGCUGUGCCCAGGCUAACGACAGGACACCUUGAUGGCAAAAUAUAAGGAUUGGUAAACUCUUUUAUCACUAUGUAUAAACAUGUUAACGAAGAAACGAUAGCGACAACUUAAACAAGAAAAUUAAAAGGAGAAUGAUAUCUAAAAAGGAGAAAAAUUGGCCAAUGAGUAUUUUCGAGAGCGGUUGCCAUGGCAAGGUACAGCAAACAUUCCCCUCCCUUCUCCCUCCCUCAAAAGAUCGACGAACAGUUGUAGCAUCCUAGGGGGAUGCUUGCUUUUUGAAUGAUUUCCAGCGCCAUGCAAUCUUAAUGGUAUAUUAUAAUCAGCCUCGUUUGUGACUUCUUUCCAACACAGAGAACCUAAACGUACGGAUCACAGAGCUACAGUUGAGAAUUUUGAGCCAUAUGUGUAAAGGUCAUUUUUUCAUAAAGUGUUCUGUGUAUUUGA